AUGGUCAAUAGAUGUCAUCGCUUGCGGAAAGAAUGCACCACUCCCGCGCCCGUACCUCGGAAACGCACACGAGAGAAGCCCACGCGAGUAGCGCAACUUGAAGAGAGACUCAACAGCCUCACGGAUCUUCUCGCCAAAGCUGGAGCGUCUAGCGACCUGUUAUCAUCAACGAGCACUUCAUUACCAACACCAUCGGUCUCGUCAAGUCAUGAAGAUAACAACUCAACUGAAGGCAGGCCAGUUUUCCCGAAUGCGCCUUCAGCGGAGCCACACAGGAGCAUCUUUCAAACCUUGGCACCAAUGGCCGAAGAACGGAUUUUCAGCGAUUUUCGAACCGAUAUGAGUCAAUAUUUCCCCUUUGUGGCCAUUCCUCCCUCUCAAACAAUUGCGGAAAUUCGUCGAGCAAAACCUUUCCUUUUCAGAGCUUGUCUGACGGUUGCCUGCCACGGCGAUUUACACUUGCAACGGCAAAUGGCUCAUGAGCUGUCCAAACAGCUGGGGGAUUGCAUGCUCGUCAGGGGUGACAAAUCCCUGGAUCUUUUACAAGGGAUCCUGAUUCUUGUCGCCUGGGGUCAAUACUACAAUCAUCAUACUGCGCAGUUGAUGAAUUUACUGCACCUUGGCUCGGCGCUGAUCCUCGAUCUUGGAUUGAACAAAGCUGCGCAGACCGAAAACUCGUCUGCCACAGGCGGUUUUAUUGACAUACAUCAGCUAAUUCAUGGAAGAGCGGCUGCAGAUGGUGCCCGAACCACGGAUGAACGCCGCGCGGUCCUUGGUGUCUACUAUCUUACCAGCAGGCUUUCUUCUUGCAAUCCCAUGCGCUGGACGCCUUACCUUGAAGAAUGCUGCAACUUCCUUGCGCGGACAGUGGAGUAUCCGACUGAUAUCGAUGCGGUCCACGUUGUCCGGCUACAGCGUAUUGUCGAGAGAUAUUCGCCAGCAACUGGCGCUCUGAGUCUUUGUGGUCAGGUACCCAUCCGCUCUUACGUACGUUGCCUUGAGGAAGAUUUCGAGGUGUUGCAACGCACCGCUCCGGUGAAAGUGAAAGAAAACAAUUUUGUUGAGAUGCAUAGACAGAGUGUUAUGGUUGGCCUCUAUGAGCCGGUUCUCACCAUGGACUGCGACGAGCCUCUGCAGAGGGCGGAGGCUUUGCAUGCCUGUGUGGAACACAUUCGACGCGUUCAUGAGAGCUUUGCGGCACUUUCACCUAGGAGUCUUCCGUCAUUGCCUCUGCUAGCAUUGAUCGAUCUGAUAUAUGCCCAUACCAUGCUGGCCAAGCUAUCUUUCCUGGUUACAGAUGGUUGGGAUGUACACUACCUGAGGUCGUCUAGCAUGAGCUUUUCGACCAUGUCGGAUCGACUGAUUGCUCAAAUGCAGUCUGCUGCGCAAUUUCAACUCAGUCAAGGUCGUCAAUCUAAGGGUGUGGGUGGGUGCUUUUUGCUAUACGCUGAACGGACGCGAGGUUUCAAAAAUUGGUACGAGAACAGACUCAAGACAGAAGCCGAAGCUCACCUCUCAUCCAUUUCCGACAAUAACGCAUCAUUCUCCGCAUAUUACCUCCCUAUGGAAGGGUUUUUCGACGGAUUCGAGUAUCUAAUGGGACAGAAUUUGCCAGAAGAUUGGAACUCAGAUCUUCCAGUCUACACCUGA